GUGCCGUGGCCGAAAGAUGGCGGCGGCCAUGGCAUGAACGGGACCCGGCGCGGCCCCAGCGGUGAGAGCGGCCGAAACCUCUCCCCGGUCCUAAAUCAGCGCGGAGACCACCGCGGCCCCCGGUUCCCCGUGUCCCUUUAUCCCUCGGGCCAGCGGGAGAGUAUCUGGGAUCCCGGAUACCUUUGGCGGGCGGACCCUCAGCUGUCCCCGGGCUUCCCUGGAGCUCAGUCCCUCCUCAGCCUGGGGGACCGAAGCUCCUCGCUUCCCUCUCGGCAGGAUGAGGAUGCAGUAGAGCCCUGACCGUGCUGUCCCCGCAGGAUGAGGAUGCAGUAGAGCCCUGACCGUGCUGUCCCCGCAGGAUGAGGAUGCAGUAGAGCCCUGACCGUGCUCUCCCCGCAGGAUGAGGAUGCAGUAGAGCCCUGACCAUGGACCAUGAGGCCCCCACGAUCAGGCCCCGGCGCAUCCAGAACCAGAACGUCAUCCACCGCCUGGAGCGCCGCCGCAUCAGCUCGGGCAAGGCGGGCACCCACUGGCACCAGGUGCGCGUCUUCCACCAGAACGUCUUCCCCAACUUCACCGUGGUCAACGUGGAGAAGCCGCCCUGCUUCCUGCGCAAGUUCUCCCCCGACGGCCGCUACUUCAUCGCCUUCUCCUCCGACCAGACCUCGCUGGAGAUCUACGAGUACCAGGGCUGCCAGGCGGCCGAGGACCUCCUGCAGGGCUACGAGGGGGAGAUCCUGGCCAACGGCAACGACCAGCGGUCCGUCAACAUCCGCGGGCGGCUCUUCGAGCGCUUCUUCGUGCUGCUGCACAUCACCAACGUGGCCUCCAACGGGGAGCACCUGAACCGCGAGUGCAGCCUGUUCACGGACGACUGCCGCUACGUGAUCGUGGGCUCGGCCGCCUACCUGCCCGAGGAGCCGCACCCGCCCUUCUUCGAGGUGUACCGCAACAGCGAGUCCGUGACCCCCAACCCGCGCUCCCCGCUGGAGGACUACUCGCUGCACAUCAUCGACCUGCACACGGGCAGGCUGUGCGACACGCGCGCCUUCAAGUGCGACAAGGUCAUCCUGUCGCACAACCAGGGGCUGUACCUGUACAAGAACAUCCUGGCCAUCCUCUCCGUGCAGCAGCAGACCAUUCACGUCUUCCAGGUGACGCCCGAGGGGACGUUCAUCGACGUGAGGACCAUCGGCCGCUUCUGCUACGAGGAUGACCUGCUGACCCUGUCUGCCGUGUACCCCGAGGUGCAGCGGGACACGCAGACGGGAAUGGCCAACCCUUACAAGGAGCCCUUCAUCAACUCCCUGAAGCACAGGCUGCUGGUGUACCUGUGGAGAAGGGCCGAGCAGGAUGGCAGCGCUAUAGCAAAAAGGAGGUUCUUCCAGUACUUUGACCAGCUGAGGCAGCUCCGCAUGUGGAAGAUGCAGCUCUUGGAUGAGAACCACCUGUUUAUCAAGUACACAAGUGAGGACGUGGUCACGCUGCGGGUCACAGAUCCUUCCCAGCCCUCGUUCUUCGUCGUGUACAACAUGGUGACCACAGAGGUCAUUGCUGUGUUUGAGAACACAUCUGAUGAGCUGCUGGAGCUGUUUGAGAACUUCUGUGACCUCUUCAGGAAUGCCACCCUGCACAGUGAGGCUGUCCAGUUCCCCUGCUCAGCUUCCAGCAACAACUUUGCGAGGCAGAUCCAGCGCCGGUUCAAAGACACGAUUGUGAACGCCAAGUACGGAGGGCACACGGAGGCCGUGCGGCGGCUGCUGGGGCAGCUCCCCAUCAGCGCCCAGUCCUACAGCGGCAGCCCCUACCUCGACCUGUCCCUUUUCAGCUACGAUGACAAGUGGGUGUCAGUCAUGGAGCGGCCCAAGACCUGUGGUGAUCACCCCAUAAGAAAUUCUGGAUGGAGCUGGGACAGCAAUAAUACAUCACAGACCCACAACAAGCUCCUGCUGCUUGUGGAUACACAGAGGACCCUGGAAAAUCCAGUUUGUGGUGCACACAGCAGGGUCAAAGAGACUGCAAGCAUCAAACCUGGCAAGAUCCCAGCAGCCCCUUUAGAAAGUGAGGUGCUUUCCUUUGCCAAGAGCAGCGGCAGGUCAGUACAGCUCGGGUGAAACAAAGCACUGCAACAGAUCUGUGCCAGGAAUGGAUCCAGGCUGGUGCUCUGUCAACAGGGAGAGCUGCCACUCACAUGUAGCUCUGUGAGCCAGGGGGAAGGAAAGAGUUACCCCAGGCCUUGUUUCCCAAUGUGAGCAGUGAGACAAAGAGGGAAGGAAGAUGACCUGACCCUGUGCAGUUGUUUACUACAAAUGACUACAAGGAGAUUGAGAUCUCUCCUUCUCCCUGACAAGAGCACUAAUGGCAUGGAGGGCUAGACAAGAGCCACAUAUGGUGGUAAGAGGAAGAGAGCAGUCAAAAGGCAGUAAUAAGCCAAAAUACUUCUGGGAACACAGCAGGAAUGGCUGUCAAAAGACCAACAUUUUAAUCAACAAACUUUGUAGACAACAGGCUUCCCACUAAGGGAAUACACAGAUUCCUGCUUUCACCAGCAGCUUCUGCCUCCUGCAUUUUCAAGGCUCAGCAUGGUCUCUCCAAGCUUCCCUCAACAAGUAUUUCCAGGGAGGGUGGCCUUCCAGAAUCAGCCACAGAAGCAACAUUCAACCCAGUCCCUGAUGAACUGACGCUGAAAGCUGUGUGUCCCUUGCAGUGCCCCUCACAUUCUCCUGGGUUUCCGGGGGCGGCAGCCGUUGUGGGGGACUGGGCUGUUGUCAGUGAUGGAGAUGAUCUCCAAACCUCCCAUCGUCAGCCCCUUGAUGGCAGCCUGCAACGAGACAGCAGAUGACAGCUAUCAGCACACAGGACAGCAGAGAAGGGAAAAAGUUCAGGGCAAAACAGUUUCAUCCCCCAUCUGAAAAUCAACUUGCUCCAAUGCUUCUCAUUUCUUAAUUCUUAAAAAUAUGUAACUCAUAUCAGAGAACCCAGUUUAAACUUACCUGCUCUAGUUCUUUCUUGAGCAUUCCCAUUGAUUUUCCUAUUUUAGCCAUAAGAAGCUCCAAAUACAGCUUUUAUUCUACCUCCAAUGUGGAAUUGCUCUAAAAUUAUAAUGACUCUAAAAAUUUAUUACUGGGCACUUGGGUGAGGAAUCCUUUAUAUCAGCUUCAGAAAAACCAAGUUAAUUGAAAUGAGCCUGAGUUUAGAAAACAUCCAUGAUAGCUGAGAAAAUAAAGUAUGGAAAAGAAUCUCCAACACCUA